GGCACCAAACGUGGGCCGUCGGAUGGUUAUUGCUACGGACGGUUCCGAUCGCGUCCUGGAACGCGCCCGGACACUGGGGGAGAGGAGCCUGACACGCCUUCCAUAAACCUCCUCCUCCAUCAGCUCCUCCUUCAAUGCCCCCCAAAUUCCUCUCCACUCUCUCUCUCUCUCUCUCCUCCUCCUCCUCCUCUUCUUCUUCUACUGCUGAUGGAUCGCACGCAAUCAACGCCUGUGCAGUACGGGCUCCAUCUUUGACCCUGCUCAGCUCCGCCUUCAUUCGACGGCGGAGUCUCUGUCGUUGAUACUGUGGCCGCCGCGACUGACGACCGACGACCUCCUGGUCGCGUCCUCCGAACGCAGCGUUGUUCCUGAGCUUGGAACCGAAGCGGAGAGGCGACCGAGUCGCCCGAGGCUCGCGGUUUCGGCUCCGAGUGAGGAGGUGGUCCUGCGCGUAUCGUAUUGAUGGUCUGCUCAAUCAGAAGCUGAGUUCUUGCUGUCGAAUCCGAUUGAAGGUCGAACCAAGGGGAAGGACAGAGUAAAUAUGAUACUGAUGAGGAGACGACUGGCUUGCUGCUCUCGAGACAGAGAAGUUAGCCUCGACUUCGAUGAACAAGAGAAGAUAAUGACCUACAAUGGCCUCGAGAGUUGCAUACUCAACAGUCACUCCUGUGAAAGCGAGAGCCGAACAAGCAGGGGAGAUGGAUGUCCAACUGACUCUUUGGAUGAAGAUGAUUCAAGUUUUUCUUCCAGUAAAGAUGGUUUUGGAUCGUUCUCCUCAAAAUGGUUAUCAAUGAAAAGGGACGAUCAAGAAGUGGAUGAAUGGGCAGUCCCUGACCGUCCCCAGCACUUUCGUGUGAAGGAAAAGCCAGCUUAUGCUAUCCAGUUUUCCGAUGUGGAGACAAUGAAGGAAAAGUUUGCAAAGCUGUUACUGGGAGAAGAUGUUACUGGAGGUCGCAAUGGCCAUAGCACAGCUCUUGCCUUGUCCAAUGCAAUCACAAAUCUGGCAGCAUCGAUUUUUGGGGAGCUGUGGAAGCUGGAACCACUGUUGGAAGAAAGGAAGAGCAAAUGGCGGAGAGAAAUGGAUUGGUUGGUGUCCCCUACUAACUAUAUGGUUGAGUUGGUCCCAGCCAAGCAAAAUGGUGCCAAUGGCCACACUUUGGAGAUAAUGACCCCCAAAGCCCGUGCAGACAUCCAUGUCAAUCUUCCAGCACUUCAAAAGUUGGACUCUAUGCUUAUUGAAACACUUGAUUCCAUGGUAAAUACUGAGUUCUGGUAUGUAGAAGGAGGUAGUCGAGCAGAAGGAAGGAACAAAAGUGAAAGGCAAAGCAAGAGAUGGUGGCUUCCAUCACCCCAGGUUCCAAGUACUGGUAUUUCUGAUAAUGGAAGGAAGAAACUGAUUUGUCAGGGGAGACUGGUGCAUCAAGUGCUCAAGGCUGCAAAAGCCAUCAACGAGAAUGUUCUGUUUGAGAUGCCAGUGUCGACCAUCAUCAGGGAUGCACUUCCUAAGUCUGGAAAGGCUAGCCUGGGGGAUGAUCUAUACAAGGUGUUAUCAGCGGAGACAACCUCAACUGAGGACAUCUUUAGAUCCCUGAGUUUGAAAUCAGAGCAUGAUGCUCUUGAGUGCAUUAAUAGAUUGGAAGCUGCUGCACUCGCAUGGAAAGAGAAGAUUGCGGAACAAGUGAAUGGCAAAUCACCAACCAGAACAUCAUGGUCAUUCAUCAAGGACCCAAUAUCCGAGCUGGAUAAGAUCGAGUGGUCAUUGGAUCGGGCGGAGUCUUUGAUUCAGGUUCUCAAGACUAAAUAUCCAAACCUUCCCAACACAUUCCUGGAAGUCACCAAAAUUCAAUAUGGCAAGGAUGUCGGGCACUCGAUAUUGGAAGCAUAUUCUCGCGCUCUGAGAAACGUAGCUUUCAGCAUUCUGUCCAGAAUACAAGACAUACUGCAAGAGGAUUCCCUGAGCAACCCCAACUCGCCGGCCGUCUCUCCCUGCUUCUCGGGGCUGAACUUUGCUGGCGUUCCCGACAGUCCAGUAAUCAGCCAUCGGGUGAGGCACUCGCUGAUCAAUCAGAUGAAUACGGCUGAGGCACGACACAGCGACUCGUCCGCGGUCGGCACCUCCGACUUGGAGGCUUCGUUCAGUGAACGCAAGACGAGCUCCUUCACGGGGACGCCCGGUAGGAACCGUGUAUGGUGCAUCAGGAGAGAGGCUUGUAGCACCGUAUCUCCAAUGAGCUCCCCUUGACUGGCAACUGGCGGUUGGUUUUGUAAAUCAUAGUAAUGUAAGAUUUGUGGGAAAUCGAUUAAUUUUGUUCUGCCCCUAUCAAUUGUCGAAUUGGUCCUAAUGGUGAAAUUGCAGAUGGUCACGCUCAUUAGGGAGUUGUCGAGUCAGUAACGUAUCAGCCAAUUAUACUAAAUGGGAAGUCUCUGAGAGGAUGCU